AUGCAGUGCCGCGGAACUUUUGUCCUGUUGUGCUUAUGUGUGGCUUUGGCCUCCGCCGAUUUGGGGGUCAACUUGAAGCUUUUGAAAAGGAUGUAUGAUUCCUGCGAGCAGUCACAGGAAAUCGUCAAAUGUUUGAAGGUUCAAGCGACAAAGUUCAUCGACCGAGCUGCACGUAUGGAGAAUCUGCCUCUAAUGGAUGGAGUGACUUUAGUCAGGAAUGCGAAUACAGGAAGGUCGUUCCCUUCUUCGGUUAUCGACGGCGAUAUCAACGCACUACCAUCAGAACAAGUUGACAAAUACUUACAUCUCGCUACAACUAAAAUGUUACAGACUCAUCGUGUAGUGAUAUCUCCAACAAGUAUAGGUGAUGACGUAGGUAGAUCCAUGAACGAAGCUAGAGGCAAACUGAAGAAGAUGAUAGGUCCUAUAAUUGCUGGUGUUGCAAUCAAAGGAGGUUUCCUAGCUAUAGCAUUUCAGGCGAUCGCUCUAAUUGCAGGAAAAGCGCUACUCAUUGGUAAGAUUGCUCUGUUGUUAUCUGCUAUUAUUGGUCUAAAGAAACUUGUAUCUGGUGGGGAGGCUCAUGAAAAGACGACUUAUGAGAUUGUGAAGCAUCCGCAGGUUUCCCAAAGUCAUACUUACUCAUCAUCUCAUUACGGUAGUGACUUUGACGCUACAGGACCCGGUGGACACUACAGAAGGAGCGUUGAAGAUGAAGCUGCAGCACAAGAUAGGGCUUAUAGAGCUUAUGCCGCAAAGCAGUAAAUACAAGAUAGUUUACGACUCCUUACAAAUAUUCACAACGACGGAUCGGGCAAUUAUCGCACCGAAAUAAAUAUUUGACCCUUUUUGCAAGAGCAAAUAGGAACAAAGAAUUUUAUACUAUUAUUGCAAUAAUAUUUAUUACGAUACUGAUUAGUUUGUAAAUUACUCACUAGGUUGUUAUUAAAUUAUUGUUUCACAUUUUUUGCAAUUUAUUUAAUCAUUGAUAAUUAUUUUUGUAUACAAAAACUGUAUUAUUAGCGAAAUGUAAAUAAGGAAGAAUUGACAUUAUAUUGAUGCAUAUAAUACGAUUAUUUAGUUGAAUUAGUAAAUUAAUAAUUAUAAUCAUUUGCACCGAAUAUAAUGUUGAUAUAUUGAACAUUUAAAAUGAACAUUAAAUGAUGUUAUAAUUAUAUUAAAAACUGUUUAUAUCAUUAGGUUUUAAUUUAGGCUAGUCGACGGGUACUAUGCAUUUCUACCUAUAAUUUGUUUGUCCAAUUUUGUAAAAAUAUCAUAAGAUUAAAUUAAGGAUUUUUUGUUAUAUUAAUAUAUAAGGGUGCUUUCUAGUUUAAGUAGCAGAUUUAUUUAUUUAAUCAUUAUUAUUUCUUUAUUUAUUGUCGACGAUCGACAAGGUGGUUACGCGAGUACCUUUUAAAUGAGUAUUUAUGUUAUUUACAAAAUAACAAUUGUAUAACUGAAUGUAACUAUAAUUAUAGUAUAAUGAUUAUAGUUUGAUAAUAAUGGAUUUAUUAUGGUGAUAAGAGAUAACCCUGAACGGUAUGGAAAGAUAUAAAAGAGAUAUGAUGGAAAGAACAUAAACUUGUUUUAUUUUGCAUUUAUAAAUAAACUGCACAAAGAGCAAACAUAAUAAAAUAGGUUAAAAUGAAUUUGUUUUUUUAUUUGAACCUUUUUAUCGUUAAAUUUACCAAAUAACGUUUUGAUAAAAUAAGGUAAAUAAUUAAAAAGUAUUUAUUUUAAUAUUUUUACUCGAUUCAUUGGUAUUACACAAUGUGAAAUAAUAUUAAACCUAAGAAGU